AUGUCCGUUGCCAUCACCACGUCAACGUCGAACCUCCUCCAUGAAGAGCCAGCCAGUGCCGCUCCUGACGCCUGCCUGGGGCUAGACCUCAACCAGGCCACUGGCAGCUGCGUCCUCAAGCAGGAGCCCAUAUCCAUUACCCUUAACGGCCCGGCCAUCUUCACCCUCUCCAUGACUCUGGCUCUCAUUAUCCACUUCCUCGAGCCCCGGAUCGCAGAAUGCCUACUUCUCUUUGUGCCCAUCCUCCUCCUCGUUCGCAACGACUACCACAACUUUCUCGGCCUCGGCCCUGGCGGCACCCCCGCCACCUUCCAGGGCUACAUCCGCAUCGCUUGGCUUCGCCUGUGGGCUCUCAGGGACCCCUUCACCGCGCCCGAACCGGACCCCAAUCGCCUGCCGAAGCGGGGCAUCCUCCUCCAGGCCGAUGGCCUGCACUCUCGGCUCCUCCCCUACCGCCCCGGCCCACGGCCCCAAGUCGCCGGCAUUGCGCCGCAGCGGCAGCUGGACCAGCACGGGACGGUGCCGCACUAUCACGCCCUGCGGCGGACGCUGGAGAGGCUGGCGGUAGGGAACCCGGCUCGUUUCGGUACGGCACGGUCCUGCCUCGAGAAGCACGGCCUGGGGCUGUUCGCGCGCCACCCUGUGAACGUGACGUGCAACGGCGAGGUGUGCCACGUCCACGACUCAGACCACUCGCUGCACAUGAACCUGCACCCGGAGGACAUCCGCGAGGUGCUGGCCAAGGGGUGGGGGCAGAGGCAUCCCCUGGCCUGGAAGGGGAGGCUGUUGAGGAUGCCUGUGCCGGAGGAAUUCAUCAUGGUUUACGCUCCGCGAGACGACCACGAGCUGAAGAUUGUGUGUAGGAUCAUUGAGGCGGCAAUCUGGUACGUCGUUUCCGAGAGGACGGAGAUCCAAGUCGAGAGGGCUGUUUGA